GCAUCAGGAUUAAAGAUGAGCCGUAAAUUCCAGAGAUUCAUCAGUGAGAAGAAAGGAAACGGAUUAAGAUCAACUCGUGAGAUCAGAGCUGGAGAACUGAUUUAUUCUGCAGCACCUUUUUCCUUCUGCGUCUCUAAACCCUUCAUCCAAUCCACCUGCCACAGCUGCCUCACCAGAGGUGACAGGAUGAUGAGAUGUUCUCAGUGUAAGAUGGCUCACUACUGCAGCACUAAAUGUCAGAAGGAAGCCUGGACCCAACACAGGGACGAGUGUCGGUGUCUCACACUGAUCCGGCCCAAAAUCCCCACAGAUUCAGUCCGACUCACCGCCAGGAUCAUUUUCAGACUGCUCAAAAGUCCAACAGCAGACGCAGAUGAGCUUUACUCAAUAACAGAACACCAGUCACAUCUGGAGCAGAUGAGUGGGGAGAUGAGAUCUGGACUGGUUGAUCUCUGCUCCAUGUUGAGGAUCUUUUUGGACUCUGUGGACGUUUCUGAGCUGCCGGCUGGUCUGGAUCCUCUCGGCGUCCUGGCUCGGGUGGUGUGUAACUGUUUCAGUAUCAGUGAUGGAGAGCUGCAGGAUGUGGGCGUGGCUCUGUACCCCAGUUUGUCUCUGUUGAAUCAUGACUGCAGGCCGAACUGUGUGAUGAUGUUUGUGGGAACGAAACUCCAACUACGAGCUGUACGAGACACACACACUGCUGAGGAGCUGUGUAUCAGUUAUACAGAUGUUUUGGCCCCCCGUGCUGAGAGACACGCCCACCUGACUCAGCAGUAUCACUUCCUGUGUCAGUGCCAUAGAUGCAACGACGAACAGAGUGACCGUACUCUGUUAGAAGGAGAAGAAUCUGAUUGGAUGAAGCUCAGUGAUUCUCUCUCUCACCUGGAGAAGCUCCGCAGUGAACACAAGUGGGCGGAGCUUCUGACUGAGAGCCAGGCUCUGAUUGGUUCACACUCCUCCGCGGUGCCUGACACUAACAUGCACAUGCUGAGGGUUCUGGACACGGCGAUGGACGCUGCUAUCAGUCUGGAUCAGUACGACGUGGCCCUGCAGUACGGCAGGAGGACGCUGGAACCGUACAGGUUACAUUACCCAGACCCUCACCCGUCUCGAGCUGUUGAGCUCCUCCGUGUGGCCAAACUGCAGCACUACACCGGAGACGUGGAGGAGGCCGAGAGGAACUUCAGACAGGCCUACGAGGUGAUGAAAGUGACUCAUGGAGAUGAGCAUGUUCUCCUCAGUGAGGUCAGGAGGAAGCUGGAUGAGUGUGAGGCCGAGCUGAGACGAUCCUCACCUUAAAGAUCUGAACCUUCCUACAUCGUCUGAUUCUUCAUCAUCAUCAUGUUAAUUACAAUAAACAAAGUGGAUCCACGAGGUUCCUUCCUUCAUCUAAUCAUUAGAAUGUGAGGGUGAGGGUGAGGGAUCUAGUAGAUCCUCUAGAUCAGUGGUCCCCAACUACCGGUCUGUGGGUCAUUUAUUACCGGGCGGCACAGAAAGAAUAAAUAAUUAGAGACGCUGCAUCAGCCAUGAAACACGGGUGUUAUUGUCGCCUAUCACCACUAGGUGGGAGCAGCGUCUCGUUGCAGUGCAAAAAGCUAAUUUCUAUUUUUGUCUGUGAAAUUAUAUCUUAUAUGAAACCGGUCUGUGGUGCAGAAAAGGUUGGGGAGCGCUGCCCUAGAUCCAUCUGUGUUUAUAUGAACUUGUACAUCUUUUGGAGAGCGUCUGUGGGAAUUUGUGCACAUUUAGUGUAAAAUCCUUCUCUUGUAGUUGCAAACAAACAUUGGACGGCAGGUUUAGGGAUGGCCCUCCAUAUUCAUUCCCAUGAUUUUGGAACGGCUCAGGUGUCCACAUACUUUCGGCCAUGCAGCGUAUAACUGUACUAAAUAAUCAACUGAGGGAAACGUGCAGAAAGAAACAGGAAACACUUAAAUCAUUUCUAAUAAACAAUAAAAAGAGACGAAUAAAACGAUUCGAUUCUUUAUUUACAUCAGAACAGAGACACAACAUUCCAACAUUCCAACAUUCCGACAUUCCGACACGCCCGGCUCCCCUCCAGCCUCAAGUACAGACUUUAACAUCAAUCAGAUCAGAACACUGAGCAUCAAAAACAUCUUAUUAUUAUUUAUUUGUUAUUUAUUUAUUUUAUUACAUUUCACAUGAAAACGUGAUUUAUUUUAUUAUUAUUUUAUUAUUGGCUGGUCAAUAAAUACAGAAAAGUU